GGUAAAUAUCGUAAAUGUUUGGUGUUUUUUGCAAGUUUAGUUGAACGUAGUUUUUCGACAUCGCUGACGUCAGUGUACAAUGUUUACUUGUUUGUAUUAAUUAGGUGUAGUUAACUGUGAUGAGAAAUCAAUGCGGGAAGCCUGGCCGUCUCUUGGCAGCAGUAGAUAGCACCGGCCAAAGACUUCACUUCCACUCUGGCUCUCAUUAGAAUGGAUGAGUUCCUGCGACACACCAAGAACGCUCUCAAUAAUUUGUCUGACUACUCGACCAUCCAUGUUGCUAUUGGUAACGAAUCUUGUGAUCUCGAUUCUACAGUCAGUACUCUGGUUUAUGCCUUCUACUUGAAUCAGAUUUCCCAAGAGGAGACAACCCUGUACCUUCCCAUCCUUAACAUUGUGCGGAAGGAAUACCGUCUGAGGACGGAGACGACGUUUCUUCUCGACAGACACGGAAUCCCGGCCGAACUGCUGACGUUCGAAUCGGAGAUCGACCUCGACGCCAUCCAUGAUGGAGGAAAGCUGAGGAUCACGUUGCUUGAUCACCACGUGCCCUCCAGACGGCUGUCACGCCUCAGUGACGACAUCGUCACGGUCCUUGAUCACAGGCCCAGGGAGAGGGAGAUUAACGUUGCCGACUGUGUUAUAGAGCUGGUUGGAUCAUGUGCGACGCUUGUAGCUGAAAGAAUUCUUCACAACCAACACUUCACUCUUGACUCAGUUUCAGCCAGUCUCCUAUGUGCCACCAUCCUGACUGACACAAUCAACUUUUCGCCCGAGGCAGGAAAGACAACUCCUAAAGAUGUGGAGAUGGUGACGAGAUUACAGACAUUUGUACCUGAGCUAGACUCUCAGUCUCUGUAUGAAGAGAUCCACACCGCUAAAUUUGACUUAUCUGCACUGACGGCCAUGGAGUUACUAGAAAAAGAUGUGAAGAUGUUGUCGGGGCAGGGCCUCACCAUUGCCAUGUGCUCGGUUACCAUGGAGAUGAAGGAGUUACUUCAGAAAGAACAUAUGACUGAGCGUCUGGUAGAAUUUAGUGAAGCGAAGUCGGCCAACGUCAUCGUCAUCAUGACACUGACAAUGUCACCAGACAGACUGCCGCACCGACAGCUGGCCGUGUAUUCAACCAGCAGAAUAUACAGACACCAGAUCGCCGAUCUCCUUCAGACCUCUCAAGAUCCGCCUUUACGUCUCGACCCGAUAGAUCUGGGUUUGAAAGACAUCACGGUCUUCAACCAAGCGAACGUCCAGGCAUCUCGGAAACUGGUCCUUCCCAUCUUGAAGUCAUUUCUAAGUGGUGAGAAGACGCCCGACGACAGCAGCAAACUUCCUCUCGACCUGCUGUCCUCGACCAAUGAAAAUGAUUUCACCGCAGUCGCCACAUUCACCACUCUUUUGGAUUCAGUCGAUUUGGCCACAGACGAAAGUUCGAAUUUUUUCGAGUGUGCCGAGACAAAUUCUGUUAUGUUUACUCCUGUUCCGAGCGAUACGUCGAGUGGACUCGUCCCCAGUCUGGCAAGCAUGGCUAAUAAAUUUGAUUCGUUGCUGGUAGAUAUAGAGAACAAGUCGUCCACAGACAGCGAUGUAAAUUUCAAAGAUUCGGAUUCGAAUUCAAAUUGCGUCGAUUCGUUUUCAACUAACACAGUAAUCAUGGAUGCGAACACGACCAUUUUGAGUACAGUUAUUCAGUCUGCCUUGGAUGUAAAUACAAAUGGAUCGUAUGCAAACGAUUCGAGUGUGGAUACUUCUUUUACGACUAGUCCAAUAUCGCCCGAUUCGUUUGAAUUACAGCCGCAAAACGAUAACAAGACGGUUACAGUUUUAACUGUUGGAGAAGAAGAGAAUGAGGAAAGUGUUCAAUCGGAAUUUGUUGAUAAUUUAAUCAGCUUUGGUGACGACACUUUCGAGUUUACGGACUCUGAACUACAGCCUUCGCCGGGUCAUGUGGGGUUUUACCUGUCCUCCGACAGUCCCAUGGAAGUGUCGUCCGAUGCCAAUUCGGGUCAAGGGUCGAAGGUCAACAGUUACCCAGUGACCCCUCAAAAUAGUUACAUGGAGCCCGGGAUCGAACAGGAGUUCAUCGAUCGCAGCCUGCCGAGUUUCAACAAUUUAGAAAUGGCGCAGAGGCUACGAGCAUCGUUAGACGAAGAUUUAGUUGAUGAUGGUGAUGGUGAUGAUGUUGGUGAGACGUACACCCCGCAGAAUAGUUAUUCUGAAAGCAGCGUGCACGUUUUGAAAGAAACGGAAAUUCCGUGCUUUAAUCGGUCGGACAUGGUGAGGAGAAUCAACGACAAACGUGCAUCGCUGAAAACUUCAGAAGACAUCAAUGUAGAAAGAAAUGAAAUUGAAACAAGUGAUGCGUUUCCGUGGACGCCUUACAAUAGUAUGAAUGAUGCCGUCAUGGAGGAAAAUUACAAAAAAAAUAUUUCAAACUGUGCUGUGCCAGAAGUGAUUGGUGGAACGAAAGAGAGGCAGGGGAAUAAGAGUGAGGCUAAUUCAGAAGAAGGAGGAGGAAUUUCCGUGAUGUCAGUUCACGGCAGUCAGGCGGAAGGUUCUUCGUUUCAACCAGACAGACGGACAGACAUGGAUAAAGUUGUUCAUCGUCUGUCCGAAGUUGGACUGGAUGUCGACAAAAACAAGGAAAUGUUUUCGGAGGAAGAGAGUAGCAGUUUGGAUGAAGCAGGUGUUUUGAGAAAUGAUGAUCUGUCUUCAGGGAAUGUUUCGGGAAGUAUGAGCGAAUACUCUGACAAUGUGGUUGCAAAACAAAUAGCUCAGGAGAUGAUGGAGGAUAAGGAGACUCCUGAUGAUGGAACACUUUCUAGAAGUACUGCAUCUGCUAACAAUGUUGUUGCUCAGCAGAUUGCAAGAGAGAUGAUUUCUGAUAAAUCAGAAUUAAGUGAGGGUGAAAAAGUUCCAGAAUGUGUUUCAACCAAUGCUGUGGCAAAACAGAUUGCAGAAGAAAUGAUCAAAGACAAAGAUUUAUUAACCGAGGAUGUACACUUUGUUGAAAAAAAGGCUGUGAAUAACAUUUUAGACAAUGUAGUUGCAAAACAAAUUUCAGAAGAAAUGAGGACAGAUAAAGAAAAAAUAACUGAUGACUGGAACAUUUCAGAAAAAUCUAAAAAUGUGAAUAAACUUACAGAAAGUGUUCCUGCUAGAGAAAUUGCUGACCUAAUGAUCAGUGAUGUGAACAUGGUAGAAAAUAAGAAUUUGAAUAACAGUAGUAUUUCGGCAAAUACUUACGAGAAUUUGCUUGUAAGCUCAGACAAUGUCGUAGCAAAACAGAUUGCUCAAGAGAUAGUAAAAGAUAGUUUGGAUUCAGAAAGUUCAGAAUAUUCUGAAGGUGCUAACCGAUGUGGACAAAAUUGUCUUAACAAUGAAAGCGGAACGCUGCAAAGCUUCAGCAAUGAGAAAAGAACUGCGUGUGCUGUUUCUGAAAAUGAAAAGGAUUUAGUAAGUGUGUCUGAAAAAAAGGGAGGAAAAAGUAUCAAUGUGGUAGCAGAAGACAUUGCUGAACAAAUGAUUAAAGAUGAAAAAGAAGCGACUGAUGGAAUACAGCAUUAUUCACGGAAGAAAGCAUCAGGUCAAACUGUAGCAGGAGAAAGUUGUGAUCAAAAUAUUAAAUCGGUGGCAGAUAAUUCCACCGAACAGUCAAUGGGAGAUAACUCUUUUGAGCAGUGCAUGGGAGGUAACUCCAUUGAACAGUCGGGACAUAUUAAACCAAUGGCAGCUAAAUAUACUGAAAAGUCAGUGGGAGAUAACUCUAUUGAACAAUCCAUGGGAGGUAACUCCAUUGAACAAUCUGACUGUAUCAAACCAAUGGCAGCUAGCUAUACUGAACAAUCACUGAGAGAUAGCUCUGUUGAACAGCUCAUGGGAGGUAAUUCUAAUAAACAGUUCAUGAGAGGUAACUCUAAUGAACAAUCCAUAGGAAAUAACUGUUCUCGACAGACCGAACCUGGCUGUGAUACCCCAAACAGCACUGCUGCUGAGAAUAACCACGCUGACAUGAUGACCGCUCUGACCGAAACGGAUCUCGCCGAAUCCGCCGUCUUGGAAGUUGCCUUCAACCUUUCUAGCGAACUCAUACAAGAAGCCCUGGAAUCAUUCUCCUACGACGUGCAUGAAAAAUCGCAGCACAGGAAGGAACCUAGAGCGGAGAAAAAGCUGACGAAGAGUUACAACGGGACGGACUACUCCAUCGAGACGGAAUAUCUGCCGGAGAUGGACCCUCUUCACGGCGGGUUGGAUAUCUCGCAGGACUCGCACGUCAUCAAAACGGACGCAGAGAGGGAGGUGGUGGAGGGGGCCAGUUUCCGGAAGAUAAGCGGGCAGACGCAGAGUGAGGCGCACGAGGACAUUCUCAGACGGAUGGAAUGUGUGGCAGAGGGUGACCUUGAAGCGAAAAAUGUCACAGGUCAGCUCAAGCUGGGUGAGGAAAGUGGAGGAAAUGGAACAGAAAGUAGUGCUGUGGAAGCUGGAAUUAAUGACGAACAAAUUGAAAGUAGUGCUGGUGAAGCUAAAAAUAGUAGUGAAGAAACUGAAAAUAGUGCUGGAGAAGCAGGAAAUGGUGCUAAAAAUAGAAACAAUAAUGCCGAAGGUGCUGAGAUUGAAAGUGACCACAGUGACCUACAGACUGGCGAGGUAGGACAUAAAAUAAUUCACGUGCCGUCCGACCUGGCGUCGAGCAUUCAUGAGAGUAUCGAAGGAGAGUUCGACGAAAACGGUGAAUCGAUGGACCUGAGUGAUUAUCAGUAUCAGAAGAAAGUCAUCCAUCUGGAAAAGGAAAUCGACUUUGAUUCCAGUUUAGGAACCGACACAUCGUACCUGUCAGAAAGCAUCACAGACGUAUCAUACGUCGAUAAAGAUGCCACAGAAACCAAAGUGAAAUUAAUUUAUAAAAAUCCUGAUGCCAAGGGAGAUAACACUAGUGAUAUUAUUUCCAAGGGAGACAACUCUCGUGAAUUUGUUUCCAAGGGAGACAACUUGGACGUGAAAAAGGAGGUUUACAUGACGACAGCUGGUAGGAUCAGCAUUGCGGUCGACAAGGACGGAAGUAGGUCAGAUUCUUUGUACAGUGGCCAGGAUUCCCUGGGCGAGCCGAUGACAGCCGAGGCACACCACCAGGUAGGGAGUUUAAUUCUGCGGGCGGACCACUUGAUUGCACGGGGAGACGAGGAGCUUGAUGUGUUUUACCCUAGCAUGGAACCCGUCGUCCCACCACCUUCACCCUCUCAUCCAGUGCACUGGUCGUCUGAGAAAUCAGAUGGUGGUUCCUCUUCCUCACAAGCACAGAACAGGGGACACAACUCUGAUUCAGUUUCCUCUCUGGAGGCCAAGGUUGGAUUUUAUUGUGAAAUCUGUAAUUAUUUGUUUUAG